AUGAGUAUACAUAUAUAAUUAUAUAUCAUAGUCAAAAUGAUGAUGAUUUUUUUUGAAAGAGAAUAAUAAUAGAUCAAAUAACCUCCUCCUCACCAAGUCAAGGCAAUCUUAUAAGAAUAAAUACCUUUAGACUUAUAAGAUAUUUAAUUAGAUAAUACUAAAACUUAUUAGAUUAAAAAUGAAUUAUUGUCAAUAUAUAAGAAUUUCAUAUUAAAUUAAAUAAUUAUUAAUCCAAUUUAUAUAAAAUCAUGAGAAAAUUCCUUACAUUUAAGUGGAAAUCCUAAGUACACAGUAGAGAAUUUGGAUUAUCAAUGAAUAUGCCUAAAAUUAAGAAAUAAGUUUAGAGUGUUUUUAAGAAAGUGGAUGAUGAAAUUUUAAUAAAAGAGAGAGGCAAUUAAAGAUAUUUAAAGAAUUUGAUGUUGGUUAAGAUGGCUAUGUUUCAUAAGUAGAUUUAUAUAGUACAAAAAUAAUAAUUUAAAUACAUUACACAACUAAAAUAAAGAAUGAAACAUAUUCAACUUAAGAUGAGAUACAAUUACUUAUUUAAUAUGUUGAUCCAGAAAACAAAGGAUUUGCUAAUUUUACAGAGUUUGCAUAAAAAAUUAGAAAUGGUAUGACUAUCUUGGAUGAGAAUGGUGCUCAAUUAAUUAAUGUAAAUACAUAACCAAGUAAAACAACAAUAAUAGCUGCUACUUCAUUUCUACUUGAAUUAUAAAGAUCUAUUAAUGAAUUUAAGAAACCAUUUAUUGCCUCAAAGAACAGAUUUGAUUAUAAACCAUCCACAAGAUAUGGAGCUACACCUAGUUUAAAAGAUACUUUUGUUAAUAUAGCUCCUUUAGAAAGGAGUGGUCUAUGGAAAUCAGCUGAAUCAAGAUUUAAUAAAAAUAGGGAAGAGUAUAAGAAGGAAGAUAAGAAGUUAAAAGAAUUUAGAUAAGAGUAGAAAUUGCAGAGAAUUAGAAGUUAUCAAUAAGAGAUAAGGGAUAGGAUUAAAUCAUAAGAUGAUAGACAUAAAUAAAAAGCAAUUUUGAAAUGA